AUGGCCCAAAACAUGCAUCAUCCUAGGAGUUUCAGCUUUGAUAAGCUAAAGAACAAAGUAACACAUCGUCGACAUUCCAAUGAUUCAUCUAUCUUGGAGCUUGUGAAUAGUCAUUCGGGUAGAAGACAUAGUUCUGAUACAUCUACCUCCCUUCAUCAGAAAGUUGAGUUUCUCAAAAGUCUAUCACCACCAAAAGACUCUUCACGUUUAAGAUCUACCUCGUUUUCACUUGUCACCCCAGAUCGUGAUAACAAAGAAACUUCAGAUAAAAAUGUGGGCAGUUUUAGCGGCGAAGGCGGUAUACGUUCCCGAUCUCGAUCUAGGUCCAGAUCACGUUCAGUCACUCAUGGACCAACUUUAUCACCGUCAAGUUUAUUCAAAUCAAAGACUAAAGAUUUGGUAAAACAGGAGACAGCAUAUAUAAUUCUGAAGAAACUAUUGAGUAUGCUACAAGAGUUGGGAUUGCAAAAUCCCAUUCCUUUGAAGACAUCAACCCAGGGUUCAGUUUCUAAAACAAUAAAGGUGUAUGUUGCCAACUCAAACGAUUGUAUUUAUCUUCCACCAGCGUCUUCAGCAAGUUUUACCUACGAAGAUGUCGAAAAUGGUGGAGCAAUCCUAACUGAUGACAUUGAAGAGCCUCGUAAUGUUGUUGACAGUGAAACGCAAUCAACUACAAGUCACGCCCCAAGCAAUACCACAAACCACAGCACAAGUCAAAAUUCAUCACUAACACAUCUCGAGGACCCUGUUGCAAAUACCUUGUAUCAAAGAAUGCGUUCUUUCCACAGUCCAAAUUAUUUAUGUACCAAAAUUGAUUCUGAACUUCCAAUCCCCCACACUUUUGCUGUUAUAAUAGAGUUGAGCAAAGACUUGUCAACCGUUAAAGAUUUGACAUUUAAAUUUCAAUCAGUGACUCAAAUCAUGUGGCCAAUGGGAGACCCUUACAAAGACCCGUAUAAUCGAGCAACAGCCAAAGAAAAGUUCAAAAUCGGAACGAUGCAAUGGAAAACAACCUUGAAUGAUGCUGAUUACUAUAUUAGUAGCUCGAAUUCAAAUGAAGUGAAGCUGAAAAAUAUUGGUCCUGAAGAUUUGGCCAAGCGUACACGUUCUUACGAGCUAGUAGAUUUAAAGAAAAAAGAGGUGAACUCAAGUGGAGAUGGCGACGGUAAUACUGAAGAGAUAAAUUCAUCAUCAACGUCGAUUAACACAUUCCCAGGAAGUUCUCUGUUCCAUAAUCAAAACGUUGAACAUAAAGCUGGUCUUUAUGUGUUUUUGUUACCAAUACUUUUGCCAGAACAUAUACCUGCAAGCAUAGUGUCCAUAAAUGGGUCGUUGAUUCAUACAUUGCUGGUGGACUUCAACAAAACUAGUGACAAGUUGAACAGGAAAUUAAAGGUUAGUGCAUCUUAUAAUGUUCCCAUGGUUCGUACACCACCAAAUUUUGCCAAUUCAAUUGCGGACAAGCCUAUUUAUGUCAACCGAGUUUGGAAUGACGCCGUACACUACAUGAUAACGUUUCCACGAAAGUAUGUUUCCUUAGGAUCGGAGCAUGUAAUCAAUGUCAAGUUGGUACCACUUGUGAAACAUGUUGUUGUCAAGAGAAUCAAAUUCAAUGUCUUGGAAAGAAUAACAUAUGUUUCCAAGAAUUUACUAAAGGAGUUUGAUUACGAUUCUGAAGAUCCUUACAAUUUGCACCCUAAAUCUAAGGAGAACAAAGUUCGAGAACGAGUUGUUGCAUUGUGUGAGUUGAAAACCAAAAGCAAAAACUCGUCAAGUACAGUUGGUGACCCUUAUAAGGAGGAAGUGAUCAAAUGCCCUGAGAACAAUUUGUUAUUUUCCUGCUACGAGCCAGAAAGUGAUUUGAAUCCACGCAGGAGGAAUCAAGGUAAAGAUAAUGACAAAGACAAGACAAUGAUUGCAUCACCGUUGGAUAUCAAUGUGGCAUUGCCCUUUUUGACCACAAAGAGUGACAAAACAUUGAUGACAUCAUCAGCAAGCAAUUCCAUAGGUGUUGAUGAAGGAUCGUUGUUUGAUCAAGUGCACACAGGGAAUACAUCCUCUUCAAAGGUAUCCUCACGCCCCCGCCAGGCUUCAGUGGAUGCAUCUAGUAGUCCUAGCUCGCCUAUCAUUGGAGCAUUGGAAACGAAUUUAGCUAACGUUGAUGAAAUUGGUUUUCAUACAGACGCUUGUAAGCGAAAUAUUCGAUCACAACCAAAAUUAGGUAAACACGACGUGUCUAAAUCAAACUUGCGUUCACCCAACACGUCAAACUAUUUAUCUGACGAUAUGUCAUCAAAACACAUGCCUCCAGAAAAUAUCAAGAAUGGGUACACAUUAACCACCAGGGCAUUAUAUCCUGACUCAAAUUAUCGACACAUCCAGAUUAGUCACCGAUUACAAGUAUGCUUUAGAAUAUCCAAACCAGACCCUAAGGAUGAUUACAAAAUGCAUCAUUAUGAAGUUGUGGUUGAUACACCUUUGAUUUUGUUGAGUUCGAAAUGUAAUGAAGGUUCAGUACAGUUACCGCAGUAUGACGAAAUUGAUGCAACAACAACAGACUUAAGUGUAGAUAAUCAAGCAUCAAAACAAAGAAACGGAAUAAACUAUACCAACAAUGGUGUAUCAAUCAAGCCAUGGAUUCAAGAUGAAGAGGUCGAAGGAAUCAAUAGUUUUGGUGAUCAGUUGCCCUCAUUUGAAGAAGCAACAUCCACUCCAAACUCACCUAAGUCCAGAUCGAUCUCCAUUUCUGAGGAUCCAUUGAGUAGAAUACCUUCUAUUCCAACAGUAUUGCCAAAUGAACCGGCACCUGCGUAUGACUAUGAAGAACAGUCACAUCAAACCGAAGAGUCUCAAACUCCACUGCUUGAGUCUGUCAACAUUGAUGAAAUUGUCAGUGAAGAUUUAUCAAACACAAACACAAACUCAACCACCUCGAGUGCCUUGUCACCGACAAAUACAUCAAUGUAUGCAAUUGGGCAAUUGGCACAACAAAGACGAUCAUCGAUAAAAGAGAGCUUGUCGUUGUCUUUUGCCAGAACUCCAAGUACUAGCAAAGAUUAUAAUAGUCUGAAUAUGAUACCACUGACGAAUGGGGUCGUAUCAUCAGCAUCAUCAUCUUUAGAUGGAGCUAGUUUGGGUCUGGAGGGAAGCAGCAGUAGUGCUGGAUCAUUAAUGGGAGGAACUAUGACAGAUAAUGGGGGAAUGCGAGGUGAAGAGGGCGGUGACAGCAAUCAAGGAAAAACAAAUGCUGAUCCAUGUACUGGAAAUAAUGUCAGAAUAACACCACCCUCAUCGACCGUUCCUGAUAGUAAUAGCUUAUCUAGCAAUGCCAUCGAAGAAAGUGAAACUGGUGAAGACAAUGACAUCGAUGAAGACGUUGCGGAUGACGAUAGUUCGGCAAUCUCACCAAAGAAAGUGGUUGCAUCUGAUCAAGGUGUUGAGCUGUCCAACUCACUGGCGAUUACACCAUACCAGAACUACUCCCAGUUUGAAGAAGCAAUUGAAAAUGACGAAGAUGAUGAGGAUGAGGAUAACCUUGAUGACAAUGAAGAUAGUGAUUCAGAACAUGAAAUUGGUUCUGACGCUGAUGAUGACGAUUUGAGUAGUUUGGAGUUACAAGAAACAACAUUUGAUCAACGGUUACCACUUUUGCGACAUAUCAGUACUGAUACGAUACGUACUCAAUCAUCCAACAAACUACCACCAAAUAUGCUACAUUUAAAUCGUACAAUUUCGAGUAACAACGCGCGGUAUGGAGGUGGCAAUUUUGCAUCUUCCCCUUUACCUACCCCACAAGCGACUAAUGUCACUGUUCAUAGUUAUUUUUCACCUAUGGCCUCAUCAUCGAGCUCAGGGAUGAGUAAAAAUGCAAGCAAGGAACGAAGUGGUGAACAGUAG